AGGUGCCGUCGUGACCGCCGACCUCGUGACCGCCCCGUCGUGACCGGCCCGUCGUGACCGCCCCGUCGUGACCUCCUUGUCGCCGUGUCCGUGAUUCUCUCCGUCCGCCGAGGGUGACUGGACAAUAUGAGCAGCGGCAAGGCAGACUCCGAGAGCUUGCUUAAGACGCUGGCGCAGGUGAAGAGGAAUAUUCCUAGACCCACUAGACGGAGUGAUCGAGCCCCGGUGCAAAAUCCGCGUUACGCCGAUGGUACCGAUGGAGGACGAGGACGAGGAGGACGAGGUGGAGGUCGAGGACGAGGACGAGGAGGACGAGGUGGAGGACGAGGUGGCGGCGGGGUACACAUGGACUUUGACGAGCCACCCUCCGCUUCUGGUGACGUGGCUCCUGAGUUGUACCUAGAGGGUCCGUCUAGUGGGGAGGUGGAGAUGGAGACGGAGUCUACACACGAGUCGGACUCUAGGGCUGAGUUGGAGGUGAUGGAGGAUGGGGGUGCGCCGAAGCCCUUGAAGCUUCGUGGAGAAGCUAGAGUCUCCGAUGCGAGGAAGGAGCCGAAGACCCAUGAUGACAAGGCCCUUAUCAUUCCUUCGAGCGAUGACAACUGGACAUGGGAUGCCAAGCCCCCCCGCAUGCCUAACAGCUUGCUUGGGGCUCUGAUUAAGAAGUUCUGGCCCGGCAGAUACACUCCCCUUAGCACGGUCCCCGGUGGCCCGACGAAGCUAGCCACUACUUGGGCGGACUAUGAGGAUGCCCCUGCCGUAGGCUUCGCGACAGCUGCUGAGGCUGUGACCACCAAGUUCUGGUGCUUCUAUCGUGUGGACCCGGAGCAUGACACGCAGGCGCGUCUCACUUUGCGUGGCGCUUGCGAGAGGUUGACACCGCAGCAGUGGUACAACCAAAAGUUCACCAGCGCUAGUGCCUUCUGGGCUAACAAGGGUAAGAGGGUCAAGAAGGAGUACUAUGUUGGUAACGAGCCUACGGAGGAAUGGGCAAUGACCAUUGAGGAGUACAUGUCGGUUUGUCCGGAGUGGGCCGAGCAGCAUAGGGAGGCAUGGGAGGAGCUGAUUAGGGCGAGGUGGCUCAGGCAGGACGAGGAGUUUGCAGCCGUGUCGAGGCGUAACAUGGAGAACCGAGGCACCGGUGGCACACACUGCGCGGGAAACCGCGACUACACCCGCUUCAAGGGGAAAAAGGUGGCCGAGGCACCACCUGGGGUGGUGCUUCAUGAUGCCCAGAUAUAUGACAUGAUGCGGACGAAGCAGAAGCCCAAUCCCGCAUUGCCUCAGCCACAGUACUACGGCAAUGCCAAGGCCGCCAAGGAGGACUACUGCGACAUGGUCAAGUCUCGUCACCCCGAGGUGGAUGACCCCUUGACCAUUCCGGUCGACGAGGAGUCGUUGGUCCUGUCGGGGCACGGGCGUCCGCAUGGCCGUUUCCCUUGGAUGAAUAAGGCGGUCAAGCCUACCCACUCCACGAGCUACACGCGCCUCAAGCAUACCCUCACCGCCGACAGCCCCCAGCCUCGUCCACGGCCUGCUCGUCCACCCGCCUACGAUCCUGACUUCGAGGCGGCCUUCGAAGCCUGCAAUGAAGCGUAUCAGCAGGCCGCUGCCCAGUGGAAUAGGCAGAAUACGGCCUAUAUGACGUAUAUAUCAGAAAUGAUGAUCUCUAUGUCUACUGGUACACCGCCACCGGCUCGAGUUACCGUGGCGGGGGACAUGCCUAUCAUGCCAUCGAGGGCAGCUUUCGCUGCAACUUACUACGGAUCCACACCGGAGGGAACGGGAUGGUCCGGGAACCAGGCAUCGCCGGGUGGGCGCGAGGUCACACCGGUUCAUGAAGGUGGUCGGUCUCCUGGGCGUUCUGCUGGUGUCUCUCCGUCGACUACUCCUGGGACUACUCCCGGUGCCUCUCCGUCGACUUCUCCUGGGCGUGCUACCGGUCCUUCUCCAGGUGGUUCUUCUGCAGCUUCUACCGGAGCGAAACCCCGGGCUGCUCGUUUCGCCAACGAUGUGGGCGGACACACCCCGCCCGGGUCCUUCCUCCGCUAGUCGGCACCGGGCUUCUUGCUUGCCAUCAUGUGCUACCUCAUGUGCUACUACUAUGUAUUGGAUGACAUGGCACUCUCCUCUUGUAUGCUAUUACAUGCACCAUGUAUGCUACUAUGUGGAUUUCAUGCUAUUUAUGUGAAUUAUGGUGAUUUUGGAUGUAUUUGGAUGCUACUAUGUGGAUUUCAUGCUAUUUAUGUGAAUUAUGGUGAAUUUGGA